AUGGCCCUGUCAUUGAGUCACGGUGUUGUGAACUUCCAUGGCCCUGUCACUGAGUCACAGUGUUGUGUGAACUUCCAUGGCCCUGUCACUGUGUUGUGUGAACUUCCAUCGCCCUGUCAUUGAGACACGGUCAGAAGUAGGGCAAAAUUUAAACACAAAGCAGACAACUCUUUGGUCCUUUAAAAACCUACUGUAUGUAUAAUAUUGUGUGCUAUAGCUUGGAAAGUAAAUAAAUGUGACUCGAUUACGUGAUCUUUGUUUCCAACAUUAGGGCUGUUUUCCUAAAGAAGUUAAAUCUGCUUCGUGUUUUGUUUUCUUGCCGCGACACUAACUAGUAUCGCAAUACUGGUAUCAUCCCGGACCUAGUCAGGAGCCACAUUCUCUCCUAAGGUUAGCUCUGUAGAACAUUCUGGGCUCCAGUCCCAGAGAAUAGUGACAUGUCAGCAGCCCAUUCAAAUGAACAGGCUGAGUGUUGCACUCUGUCAGUAGAGUGGUGGAGGGGGAUGGGGGAGCUAAAUUCGGUGCUCUGUUUUACAUUGCAGUAGUGUGGGGGACUAAAUGUGCAGGCUCCAUUAAAGGUCUGGCUGGCUGGUUGGACUGAGCACAUGUCUAGGUAAAACCAGAGUGGAUCUCUUCCCAGGAAAGGGAGGGGUUGUAUUGUCAUUCAAAUCUGACGACGGUUGUUGGUUUUAAUAAAUGUAUUGUGUAUUGUCUUUAUGCCCAAUUGCACUGAAUCUACAUUCACCACAGUGUGUUCAAGUUACCACCUCAUUCUCAGAAGGAUGUGGCAAAGGAGGAACCUGAACACGUACAUAUUACCUUUUUGAUGUGUGUCAAGAAAAGUCACCCUUGAUUUGAGAACACAAAAACAUAGCUAUAACUUGUAUUUCACAUUAUGAGUAAUGGGAAAGUAUGCAGGCCAGGGGCUACCCUGUUCAAAGUGCUAUGUCCUCAGCUGCCAGUGUGAGCUCUGUGGCUGUGUUCAGUAGGGCCCUAUAAAAUCUGCAUCGCGGAGAACGUGGAAUCCAGACAUUUAAAAUGGAAUUCGACAAUAUAAAAUAAUAACAUUUACAUUUUAGUCAUUUAGCAGGCGCUCUUAUCCAGAGCGACUUACAGUUAGUCAGUGCAUACAUUAUUUUUCUUUUUAUUAAAUUUUUUCAUACUGGCCCCCCGUGGGAAUCGAACCCUCAACCCUGGCGUUGCAAACGCCAUGCUCUACCAACUGAGUUACAUCCCUGCCGGCCAUUCCCUCCCCUACCCUGGACGACGCUGGGCCAAUUGUGCGCCGCCCCAUGAGUCUCCCGGUCGCGGCCGGCUACGACAGAGCCUGGAUUCGAACCAGGAUCUCUAGUAAUGGUCUCUUGCUAGUGCUCACUUGCAUUAACCCUUAGCCUACAAUGGUCACACCCCUGCGGAAAUCGAAUUAACAUAAUCAAAAAAUCCCCAUCAAAAUCCGUCUAAGCUACAUGGGUUGUGUGUCAAUCCACCACAUCCACCGAUAUCGACCUUCCGCAUCUACAGUGAAAGGUGGUAGAGCUAGAGCGGUGUUUGUCAGACCAUGAGACGUCUUCUCACAUAAUCGAAUGUAGUGUCCAAACAGUUUGGCCUACAAACUACACUCUAUUGAAAGAUGAGAUUCUCACGAACACGAUGGUGUCCUCCGUUUUGCUCUAGGACCUCCACAAGCCUCACGACUCGUCUGAAGGUCCCCGGUACCAGUUUAAAAAAAAUAAUGGAAUUGUGUACAGUUGUGGUCAAAAGUUUUGAGAAUGACACAAAUAUUAAUUUUCACAAAGUCUGCUGCCUCAGUUUUUAUGAUUGCAAUUUGCAUAUACUCCAGAAUGUUAUGAAGAGUGAUCAGAUGAGUUGCAAUUAAUUGAAAAUGAAUUUAAUCCCCCCAAAAAACAUUUCCACUGCAUUUCAGCCCUGUCACAAAAGGACCAGCUGACAUGUCAGUGAUUCUCUCGUUAACACAGGUGAGUGUUGACGAGGACAAUGCUGGAGAUCACGCUCAUGCUGAUUGAGUUAGAAUAACAGACUGAAGCUUUAAAAGGAGGGUGGUGCUUGAAAUCAUUGUUCUUCCUCUAACUAUGGUUACCUGCAAGGAAACACAUGCCGUCAUCAUUGCUUUGCACAAAAAGGGCUUCACAGGCAAGGAUAUUGCUGCUAGUAAGAUUGCACCUAAAUCAACCAUUUAUCGGAUCAACAAGAACUUAAAGGAGAGAGAUUCAAUUGUUGUGAAGAAGGCUUCAGGGCGCCCUAGAAAGUCCAGCAAGCGCCAGGACCGUCUCCUAAAGUUGAUUCAGCUGCGGGAUCGGGGCACCACCAGUGCAGCGCUUGCACAGGAAUGGCAGCAGGCAGGUGUGAGUGCAUCUGCAUGCACAGUGAUGCGAAUUCUUUUGGAGGAUGGCCUGGUGUGUAAGUCGCUCUGGAUAAGAGCGUCUGCUAAAUGACGUAAAUGUAAGAAGGGCAGCAAAGAAGCCACUUCUCUCCAGGAAAAACAUCAGGGACAGACUGAUAUUCUGCAAAAGGUACAGGGAUUGGACUGCUGAGGACUGGGGUAAAGUCAUUUUCUCUGAAACCCCUUUCCGAUUGUUUGGGGCAUCCGGAAAAAAGCUUGUCCGGAGAAGACCAGGUGAGCGCUACCAUCAGGAGUGGGCUCACUCACAAUUUUGCCUAAGAACACAGCCAUGAAUAAAGAAUGGUACCAACACAUCCUCUGAGAGCAACUUCUCCCAACCAUCCAAGAACAGUCUGGUGACGAACAAUGCCUUUUCCACAUGAUGUAGCACCUUGCCAUAAGGCAAAAGUGAGAACUAAGUGGCUCGGGGAACAAAACAUCGACAUUUUGGGUCCAUGGCCAGGAAACUCCCCAGACCUUAAUCCCAUUGAGAACUUGUGGUCGAUCCUCAAGAGGCGGGUGGACAAACAAAACCCCACAAAUUCUGACAAACUCCAAGCAUUGAUUAUGCAAGAAUGGGCUGCCAUCAGUCAGGAUGUGGCCCAGAAGUUAAUUGACAGCAUGCCAGGGUGGAUUGCAGAGGUCUUGAAAAAGAAGGGUCAACACUGCAAAUAUUGACUCUUUGCAUAAACUUAAUGUAAUUGUCAAUAAAAGCCUUUGACACUUAUGGAAUGUUUGUAAUUAUACUUCAGUAUACCACAGUAACAUCUGACAAAAAUAUCUAAAUACACUGAAGCAGCAAACUUUGAAAAGCAAUACUUGUGUCAUUCUCAACUUUUGACCAUGACUGUAUAUAUAAAGAUUUAGUGCCUAAAAUAAGGGGAUAAAUACAUGUAUAAAAAAAAAUCUAGUUUCCUGAUCUCUCUUGCAUCUCUGACACAAAAUAAAGCACAUUUUAUAGGGCCCUCGUUCAGUGUCAGUAGUCAGUGGUUGGGUGUUCUGCAGUGCCAUCAUUCCCUCAGUGGCAGUGGGACCCUGCUCUUUCCAAAGGCCCUUCUGUGUUCUGGGCAGGCUAGCCUCGCUUUAUGGUUCACAUGUUAUCUCCAGACGUGUCAAUGAGGAAGGAAACUAGAGGGACUUCCUCUUGCUUGGCAGAGUUGUCAAGCAUUUUCCCUCAGAAUAUUGUUCCUUUUAUUCAUUACAUUAAUGUGUGAUGGGCAGGCUAGGCUAACUUAUUGAAGCUUUUGUGCUUUGUCUCCUAUCAAGAAUGUCAUGUUAUGCUCUUGUCAAGUCUAUCAUGCAACCAAAAGUUUCCUCAGUAGUGGUAUGUUUAUGGCUAGGUCUGCUUGACUUGGAUAGAGUAGGCUAUUCACUGACGUGCCCUGCUGUGCUGCUACCAUGGCUUCUUUAGCAGUGUACACCAUUGUGUAAUAGGUUUAAAGCUUUACCUAAGGUGAAAGGGGGCACUUGUUGGAGUUAAACACCAGCGUCUCUUCUUAAACCAUCUUAUUUUUCUUCCACACAUUCGGACACGGUCAGGCUUUGUUGUAGGUUGAAAGGAUGAUUACACUGUGAUGGCGCUCCAGAACCUCAUGUGCUAUGGAUGGAAGAUUGUGUACAACUUGUUUACCAAAGUUAUUUUGCUCACAACAUUGAAAAAGGAUUUGAUCACAACUUUUUUUGUUUAUUGUUCUAUUAGGCUUUUGAUGAAGUAAUUCUCAUGGCUAUUCACACAACUGAUUUAGGUUUCUUUCGUCUUAUGUCAUGAUGCAUUUGAUAUGAAUUGGCUGUGCUGUUGGGUACAUUGUGAUCUAGGGUUGGGUGGUAUCCAGAAAUCCAUACCUUCAUACCGUGCCUGUGCCAUCCCGGGAUGGAUAUAUAUAUAUAUAUAUAUAUAUAUAUAUAUAUAUAUAUAUAUAUAUAUAUAUAUAUAUAUAUAUAUAUAUAGUAUUACCGGUAGUGCACACAAGGGAUGUAUUAAAAUAAAUAAAUAAAAAAUUAACGUAAAAAAAGCUCACAGAACAUCACUUACCAGAAUGCUAACAAGGACUAAGGAAUUCUCAUAGCGGAUCCUAGGUAAAUGCUAACGAGCACAUGCAAACAUUUACUACGAGGACCGACAACCCAGCUCAUAAAGUUAAGCAAGUAUCUCAAAACGGAGUUUGCAGCACACACAAAACAAAUAUUAGACAUCAAUGAUCUUAAUCCAGGAGGGGAUUGUCUCUACUGCUGUUAGCAAGAAUCUUGCAAGCUAACGUUAGCAAAACCUAGCCGGAGAAAAUGUAUUUGGCACAUCUUAGAGUUAAUGUAAUAGUUAUAUAUAUAUAUAUAUAUAUAUAUAUAUAUCUUAUAUCUGGCAAAAAUGGAGUAUUGAAAUUCACACAAGUGUAACUUGAUCACCUCACUUAAGUUCCGCUGCAGGAGUGACUCCGCUCAAGAUGGUCCCAUUUUGCUCAUGUUGCUUCUUUGUAAACAAACACGUGACUGGCUCAAACUGCAGUUUUUUGGGAAACUAGUACCUGUAGGCUUCAUAAUGAAAAAUUAUCUAUUGGGUGAAAUGAUGAACGUGAUCUGCAUUAUCUGUUACGUAGUGCACAAGUUGGCUGCAGGUAUUUAUUUUAAAAGGAUUCAUAUUCAAAGCCCAAAAAACGUCACUUACCAGAAUGCUAACAAAAUGCUAACAAGUACUAAGGAAUCCUCAGACAACGCUAACUAAAUGCUAACGAGCGCAUUGCGAACAUUUUGUACUGUUUCUGACCUAAACUAUAAAAGUAACUAAAAAAUGCUACUUAGUUUGCUGCAUGCACAAAACAAAUAUUAGCCAGCAAGGCUCUUGAUCCAGGAGGGGAUUCUCUGCUGUUACCAAGCGAAUACUUGAUUUUGGAAGAAGCUAACCACUUAGCUAGAUAACUAGCUACUAAAUUAGCAAACCAAAUGCACAACUGCAGAGCAUUUAGCACAUUUUAGACCGUUAACUUAAUAUUUAUAAGAUAACUAGCUGGCAAACAUUUAGCUGUGAAUUCCAUACUGUAAUUAGAUCACCUGGCGCAUGCUGCACAACAGUGAGUGGCUCACAAGGCUCCGGUCUCUUGUCGUUGUGUGCUUGUAAACAAACACUACGUGACUGAGGACUACCGUAAGCUACUGUACAUAAUGUGACGGAUGAAAUGAAGAAUGCAAUGUUUAUCUCCUAACGUAUUGCACAAAUUGACUGCAGGUAUUUACUUAAGGUAGCUACAAAUAUUCAUAUUCACCGAUUUUGAGUGUUUGUACCCCGUAACUUCAUAUUUAUGAGCCUCAUCUGGGGGCUGCUAACAGCUUAAAAAGAAAAGAAAAAAAGAAAAUGUUAUCACCAGGAACACCAUUCUGAUUGGCUGGCUGUUGCAAUGAAUAGCCUGUGAUGAAAAACAAAUGAGGACACCACAAUUUACUGCCCAGCAACUGGCAUGCUGCUUUUUAUGCGUACCGAUUUUCUGCUGGAUAUGCCUGUGUAUCUGUCAGCUCAUGUGUCUAUGUAGGCGAACACAAACAUGAAAACGGGGAAGGAAGCUAAGCUGAUUGAAGUUGAUUGCCUGCUGUUUGCUUUGCAUUUCAAUCCUGUCACCCUCUAAAGGGAUGGUUUAAUGGGUUAAGCGAUAGCAAGGCCUCAACAUUUAGAGAGUUGGAGCGGAUUGCGAGGCAAUUUCCACUGCACAGGGGCAGGUCCAGAAUAAACUCGUAAUUUGAGUGGUUGAUGUGAAAUACAGAAGAAGGUCGUUACCCCUCAUCCAAAAAUGACAUUUUAAAAAGCUCCAUGCUAACAGUGAUCCCACUGAGUUAGUAUGCACAUGGGAAAGAAAGGGGCUGCUUCCUCACCUGUUACUACUGUGGGAAAGGGGAAGCUGCUUGACCGAUUAGUCCCAUAAUGUUCAAAGGACAUUAGCUAGAUUAUCAAGAUUACUCACUUUUUUUGUAUGCCUAGACUAUUUGAAGAUGCAUAACAAGGGUAAUUUUGAUAUGGUUCGAUUUCUCUAGUAUUGCAGUGCUUUGUUCAGUGUGCCUGUCACCUUGAGUGGGCUUUACUGAACAUUCCACUACGUUACCCCACCAAGCAGGAUCUAUGAAUUUUGACCCACUAAAUCCACUUGUUCAGUAUUAUCAAAUUUUUCAAUGUGACUGUGUUAAUUUGUCCUCGUCCAUUUCUCUCAGGGACUGUCUUCACAACCGCUGAUCCGAUUUACUGGAAGCCAAGGGGUAAGUGCAUUCGUAGUUUUUAUAAACCUUUUUAAAUUUGUAUCUAUCCCGAGUACAAUUGUGAUCACUGUCAGUAAAUUAUAUGUUUAGUUUGCACCACAGACUACAUUUUCCUAUCAGUAAAGAAUGAUUAACUCAGUGACUGGGUCCUGUGCGUAUAACCAGGCACUGACUAAACUGCCUCUGUAGCUGCAGUGAGCUGUAUUUGUUGUCUGCGGGUGACUGGCAGGAUAAGAUUUUCCUGUAAUUUUAGCAUGACUACAAUUACAUCUGCACUGAGCAGGAUGAGCACGGCUGUACUCGCAGCCCUCAAGUAGAGGUUUCCCUCCCAGGGUGGACAGACAGCUCUCCUAUCUGAGAGACAAGGACCCAGACCAGACCCAUCACAUGCUCUUCCAGUUCUAGCAGCAUCAGCCUGUACAAUUCACCCAUACAUUCUACAGUAGCAUUAAAAGUUUUUUUUCUAAAGCGAGUGUUGUUGCAUUCUCAUUAAGAGCAGCACUGUAUGCGUUCCAGACACUUAGCGCUGCUUGUCUGUUUCUCCACCAAACGAAGCUCACUGGGUCACAGUGGAGCGGCCCCAUUUUCAGAAUCACACAAGAUAACACUUUUCAAACAGUUUUCACGUCUUGCCUUUUACCCUGUAGUGUUUACUGUGUAGAUUAGAUUCAUGUAUUUGUUAUCAUGUCAGAGGUCAGAACUUAAACUGGAGCAGUGCCACAGAUCUUGCUAACGUGUCUAAUUUAUAUUGUUUGGAUAACCCUCAGUCUGUAAUAUUUGAUCAUGCUAGAGAGUAUUAAAGGAGCUGCUGCGUUCUUCAUAUGGCCGUAUAUCUCCAUCAGAUGCCUGCGUCUUUCCUCCCUGACUAUUCUCAUUUCAGAUGCUUAUAGUGGGAGGGGAGGGAUCAGUAAUUGCUCCUAUCAACUUGAGAGAUCAGAUGGUUAGAAAAUAUGGUGUUUUUACAUGCUGAAUUAUGAUUAAUGGCUGAAUCAUGGCUGGGCUGGGUGUGAACCUUUUUCCUGAGUUCACUGGAAUGCUAAUGAAUGAGGGGGAAAGCUGCUAAAUGAUGUCGGCUGCUCCGUAAGACCCAUAGCAUUAACAUUCAUUCAUAUUGGCAGAGCUUUCAUUCACAGCCACUUCCAGGGUCAAGGUGGCAUAAUAGAACCAGCUCAAAGAACAUACUGCUUGUUUGUGUCAGUGUUCCUCAGGCUGUGUAUCUGGCUGUAUUUGGCGAGGACAGGUAUGUGCCAGCGAUGAUGGCCCCCUGCUUUACACGGCCUCUCCCUCUGCAGUUUCAUUAAUUAUAGUGCUGAGGAUGAGACCAGAGGAGCUGCUGUGAAGGGCCAGUCCUCCCGAGUCCCACCGGCCUGAAAAGAGCCUUUGUUUGCUGGACACCGUGCAAAAUGAGAGGAGCUGGAGGGAGAAGGGGGUUGGAAAUGGCUGUUUAAAAUCCACUUGCUUUUCAAAUGGUAGAGGGGGUAGGGUGGGGAACCGUGUCUGUCUGGGGCAGAGGGUGCACUGGAGUGUGCUGUUCAUUCAGCUUUUUGUUAAGGAUAAACUUACCUUUUUCCAUGCUCCCUUUUUCUCAUUUGAAUGCUUGCUCCAUGUUUUAGUAGUAAAAUGCAUAAUUUUGUCUUAGCAUUUCCUCUGGGAGAACGCUGCUUCCAGACUGUCUGGUUAUGGCUAGACGCAGUGCAGUGGUUUUAUGGAGGUGCACUGGUUUUUGUGGAUUAACAAGGUUUUAAAGAGGGUUGUCAGUCACCACCUGAUAGUAACAUGUCUACGUGAAGUUCCAGUGUACAUACAGUGAGGGGGAAAAAAAGUAUUUCAUCCCCUGCUGAUUUUGUACGUUUGCCCACUGACAAAGAAAUUAUCCGUCUAUAAUUUUAAUGCUAGGUUUAUUUGAACAGUGAGAGACAGAAUAACAACCCAAAAAAUUCUGAAAAACGCAUGUCAAAAAUGUUAUAAAUUGAUUUGCAUUUUAAUUAGGGAAAUAAGUAUUUGACCCCCUCUCAAUCAGAAAGAUUUCUGGCUCCCAGGUGUCUUUUUAUACAGGUAACGAGCUGAGAUUAGCAGCACACUCUUAAAGGGAGUGCUCCUAAUCUCAGCUUGUUACCUGUAUAAAAGACACCUGUCCACAGAAGCAAUCAAUCAAUCAGAUUCCAAACUCUCCACCAUGGCCAAGACCAAAGAGCUCUCCAAGGAUGUCAGGGACAAGAUUGUAGACCUAUACAAGGCUGGAAUGGUCUACAAGACCAUCGCCAAGCAGCUUGGUGAGAAGGUGACAAGUUGGUGCGAUUAUUCGCAAAUGGAAGAAACACAAAAGACCUGUCAAUCUCCCUCACCCUGGGGCUCCAUGCAAGAUCUCACCUCGUGGAGUUGCAAUGAUCAUGAGAACGGUGAGGAAUCACCCCAGAACUACAUGGGAGGAUCUUGUCAAUGAUCUCAAGACAGCUGGGACCAUAGUCACCAAGAAAACAAUUGGUAACACACUACGCCGUGAAGGACUGAAAUCCUGCAGCGCCCGCAAGGUCCCCCUGCUCAAGAAAGCACAUAAACAUGCCCGCCUAAAGUUUGCCAAUGAACAUCUGAAUGAUUCAGAGGAGAACUGGGUGAAAGUGUUGUGGUCAGAUGAGACCAAAAUGGAGCUCUUUGGCAUCAACUCAACUCGCCGUGUUUGGAGGAGGAGGAAUGCUGCCUAUGACCCCAAGAACACCAUCCCCACCGUCAAACAUGGAGGUGGAAACAUUAUGCUUUGGGGGUGUUUUUCUGCGCCCGAGUGGCGCAGUGGUCUAAGGCACUGCAGCGCAGUGCUAGCUGUGCCACUAGAGAUCCUGGUUCGAAUCCAGGCUCUGUCGUAGCCGGCGCGACCGGGAGACCCAUGGGGCGGCGCACAAUUGGCCCAGCGUCGUCCAGGGUAGGGGAGGGAAUGUCCGGCAGGGAUGUAGCUCAGUUGAUGGAGCAUGGCGUUUGUAACGCCAGGGUUUUGGGUUCGAUUCCCACAGGGGGUAGGAAAAAAUGUAUGCAUUCACUAACUGUAAGUCGCUCUGGAUAAGAGCGUCUGCUAAAUGACGUAAAUGUAAUGUAAAAUGUAAAACUUCACCGCAUCAAAGGGACGAUGGACGGGGCCAUGUACCGUCAAAUCUUGGGUGAGAACCUCCUUCUCUCAGCCAGGGCAUUGAAAAUGGGUCGUGGAUGGGUAUUCCAGCAUAACAAUGACCCAAAACACACGGCCAAGGCAACAAAGGAGUGGCUCAAGAAGAAGCACAUUAAGGUCCUGGAGUGGCCUAGCCAGUCUCCAGACCUUAAUCCCAUAGAAAAUCUGUGGAGGGAGCUGAAGGUUUGAGUUGCCAAACGUCAGGCUCGAAACCUUAAUGACUUGGAGAAGAUCUGCAAAGAGGAGUGGGACAAAAUCCCUCCUGAGAUGUGUGCAAACCUGGUGGCCAACUACAAGAAACGUCUGACCUCUGUGAUUACCAACAAGGGUUUUGCCACCAAGUACUAAGUCAUGUUAUGCAGAGGGGUCAAAUACUUAUUUCCCUCAUUAAAAUGCUAAUCAAUUUAUAACAUUUUUGACAUGCGUUUUUCUGGAUUUUUUUGUUGUUAUUCUGUCUCUCACUGUUCAAAUAAACCUACCAUUAAAAUGAUAGACUGAUAAUUUCUUUGUCAGUGGGCAAACGUACAAAAUCAGCAGGGGAUCAAAUACUUUUUUCCCUCACUGUAGAUAACUGCCUGUAGGCUCAGGCAGUAGCCCAUUACUGCAGCAGUACUUUUGGUUGGCCCCUGCCUGCAAUGGGAUCAGGGCAUCUGUUAUGUGAAGUCUCAGUCAUCCUACAGUCACGGCCAGGCCCGGCUCUGUCAUCCUGUACUGUGUCAGACUGACUCACCCCCCUGCCUUCCAGUGAGUUCUGCUGCCUCUUAGUCAUCUCGGGUAACACAUACACACACUUUCAUUAUGCAUUGUGUGUGUGUGAGGUUAACAUACUCCUACAGCUGAAGAGGAUUUCUACCUAAGUGUCUGUGGUAUGUGCACACCUGCAGAGUCACCUCAGUUAUCAGGAAGCAGUGAAUGUUGAUAAUAUUCAGCGGAACCUUUUUGAGUGAGGAAGCAUGACUAUUUUCUUGUAUUUGUUUUGUUCAUGUAAUAUCCAGGCUACCUCAAUUGGACAUUAAGAAAAUGGGGCUAAUCCCAUUCAGAGUUUCAUAUAAACAUACAAGGCAAUCCGUUGAUAACUCUGCACUGUGAAAGGCUAGAACUCUUCAUGUGGAGCAUGUAAGGCAGGGUUGUACUGGAGCUGAGGCUGAGCAUCUCACGUAACAGAGAGCCCUUGGCUCCCAGAAAGGCGGGGACACAGUGUUUAUUUAUAGUUGGCCACCUGCAGGCUUCACAUGUGUUGGGACCUUGGGUAAACAGAGCAGUGAGUCACGACUCUCCAACACUGCAGGGAGCCACCAGGGGUCGGUCAGCCAGCCAACAACCCCAACACAGCCCUCUCCCCUUGCCCUGCCUCACUCCUCUCCUGUUAGACGAGACAGACUAGCUCACAUACCCAGCUACCCUCUACCCCAGCAGGUAUAGGUCCAUAAUCAAAUUCUGGAAAUUAGUUGAUUUAUUUCCAAUGUAGUAGGGAUGCUUAUGUCCAUUUACACCUAAGGUCUAAGGGCCCAGGGCUGGGUUUCUACUAAGGGUGUGUUUGUAGAUUCGCUCCAUCUACUCCGAUUUAAGAGCACUCUCGUCUGUGUGCCAGAGCGCAGAAUAACUAAUGAAUUUACGAACGCUCAACACCCGUUGAAUAUGGCCGGUGUCAGUAAAUGUCGGCAAAAAAGCGUAAUAAAAUUUUCAGCAGCACAGUUGGUCACCAAUAACAUGAAUUGGUGAAAACAGCCUAACCAGCUCUGCUAGGGCGAGUAAAAUGGUCAGUGAGGUGUUCUCUCGUUUGUCUGGAAGUAGCUAGCAAGUUAGUCAAUGUUAGCCAGUUAGCUUGUGUGCUUGACUGCCGUUGUGAGGUCAAAAAGCUCGGAUCAACCCGACUCCUCGGCCAGAGCGUCCAGUGUGUGCACUAAACGCUCCGAGAGUGAAACGCUCUGAAUUUACGAACGACCAGAGCGCACUGGCACUCCAGAUUGAAUUCACGAACACACCCUAAGCUAACAUAUGGAGUUGUUUUAAGAUGGUCAUACCAAGGAUCAUUUAGCUAUUUGAUUUAGAAUUUUAGUAUAAAAAUGAUUUGAUUGAAUUUGGCAUUACUGCUAUUAGUCCAUAGAAAAGCAUUGAAGAGCAUAUUCAUACAUGGCAAAACAAAUCGUCAAAUCUAUAAAAAGGAAGUAUGUUUUGAAGGGUCGGUCCUAUAUCUGAGAGAUCAGUUAUUUUUUUACCCAUAUAUGCUUCUAUAUACAGUGAGGGGGGAAAAAAGUAUUUGAUCCCCUGCUGAUUUUGUACGUUUGCCCAUUUGACAAAGAAAUGAUCAGUCUAUAAUUUUAAUGGUAGGUUUAUUUAAACAGUGAGAGACGGAAUAACAAAAAAAUCCAGAAAAACGCAUGUCAAAAAUGUUAUAAAUUGAUUUGCAUUUUAAUAAGGGAAAUAUGUAUUUGACCCCUCUGCAAAACAUGACUUAGUACUUGGUGGCAAAACCCUUGUUGGCAAUCAGAGGUCAGACGUUUCUUGUAGUUGGCCACCAGGUUUGCACACAUCUCAGGAGGGAUUUUGUCCCACUCCUCUUUGCAGAUCUUCUCCAAGUCAUUAAGGUUUCGAGGCUGAUGUUUGGCAACUCGAACCUUCAGCUCCCUCCACAGAUUUUCUAUGGGAUUAAGGUCUGGAGACUGGCAAGGCCACGCCAGGACCUUAAUUUGCUUCUUCUUGAGCCACUCCUUUGUUGCCUUGGCCGUGUGUUUUGGGUCAUUGUUAUGCUGGAAUACCCAUCCACGACCCAUUUUCAAUGCCCUGGCUGAGGGAAGGAGGUUCUCACCCAAGAUUUGACUGUACAUGGCCCCAUCCAUCGUCACUUUGAUGCGGUGAAGUUGUCCUGUCCCCUUAGCAGAAAAACACCCCCAAAGCAUAAUGUUUCCACCUCCAUGUUUGACGGUGGGGAUGGUGUUCUUGGGGUCAUAGGCAGCAUUCUUCCUCCAAACACGAUGAGUUGAGUUGAUGCCAAAGAGCUCCAUUUUGGUCUCAUCUGACCACACUUUCACCCAGUUCUCCUCUGAAUCAUUCAGAUGUUCAUUGGCAAACUUCAGACGGGCAUGUAUAUGUGCUUUCUUGAGCAGGGGGACUUUGCGGGCGCUGCAGGAUUUCAGUCCUUCACAGCGUAAUGUGUUACCAAUUGUUUUCUUGGUGACUAUGGUCCCAGCUGCCUUGAGAUCAUUGACAAGAUCAUCCCGUGUAGUUCUGGGCUGAUUCCUCACCGUUCUCAUGAUCAUUGCAACUCCACGAGGUGAGAUCUUGCAUGGAGCCCCAGGCCGAGGGAGAUUGACAGGUCUUUUGUGUUUCUUCCAUUUGCAAAUAAUCGCACCAACUGUUGCCACCUUCUCACCAAGCUGCUUGGCGAUGGUCUUGUAGCCCAUUCCAGCCUUGUGUAGGUCUACAAUCUUGUCCCUGACAUCCUGAUUGAUUGAUUGCUUCUAUGGCCAGGUGUCUUUUAUACAGGUAACAAGCUGAGAUUAGGAGCACAGAACAAUAAAAUGCAAAUUAAUUACUUAAAUCAUACAAUGUGAUUUUCUGGAUUUUUGUUUUAGAUUCUGUCUCUCACAGUUGAAGUGUACCUAUGAUAAAAAUUACAGACCUCUACAUGCUUUGUAAGUAGGAAAACCUGCAAAAUCGGCAGUGUAUCAAAUACUUGUUCUCCCCACUGUAUAUUUUUUAACUGGUACCGGGCUACCUUCAGACGAGGCUUGUGGGCGUCCUAGAGAAAAACAACGGACAUGUACUGUACGUGUUCGUGAGAAUCUUACCUUUCGAUGGCGGAGUCAUAUCAGUGUGUAGCCCAAACUGUUCGGAAGCUGCAGACAGAAGUUGGCUGAUUGGUGGUACCAACUUCAGACGAGUCGCGUGACGCUUGUAGAGUUUGUGAGUCAUCUUGCUGUCAUAUUAGUUUGUCGGCCAAACCGUUAAGACGAUACAGACGUUUUCGUGAGAAGACCCGAUUUUCGGGAUGUCUCCUGGUCUGACAUACCACUGUAGCUCUGCCACCUUCCACCGCAGAUACGGAAGGCCGACAUCGGCGGAUGCAGCAAUUGAGACUCAUAUCUCUAGCUUAAACAGACAUUUGUUUAUAAUAAUUAGAUUUCCACAGGGGCGCAGACAUCGACUCUAGGGUAAUGCCAGUUUAGCCUACUCACUGUUUCUCUAAGAAGAUUACGGCAUGUUUGUGUCCGAGAUACUGAACUCUGACAGCUCAACACCAGUCUAUAUGGAUAUUGGAAUUUUCUUGUUACUGCUUGCAUUUUACAAAUUAUUUUCCCUCUUUAAAAAACAGAAAGUCUGUGUGGGCCAGCUGCAGCCCCUGUCAUGAUGGGGGACUACUUCAGAAAUACCUAUGGGUAGCGUCUAGCUGGCUGUGUAUUUGCAUUUACUAACAUACCCAGUUAAACAGGCAGAAUGUUACAGCACAGGACAGUGGGGAGUUGUGGGCUAACCUAGCUCGGCUAUGCACCCCUGUAUUAGCUUGAAGACUCACCCUGUUACUCAUCAUCCCACACCGCCACCAUGCAGGCAUGAAUGACACACACCUAUACUGUACAUUUGUUUGUGUAGUACAUAUACAGACAAUUUCCAAAAUAACAGAACAGCUUCAAUGGCACAGGUUCUACAAGUGUCUGGAACUAUGUUGGAGGGAUACAUCACCAUUCUUCCAUGAUAAAUAUUAUAAUUGUGUUUUGUUGAUGGUAGCGGAAAACGCUGUCUCAGGCGCCGCUCCAAUGUAUCCCCAUAAGUGUUCAAUUGGGUUGAGAACUGGUGACUAAGACGCUCUCUCUCUCACACACACACACACACACACACACACACACACACACACACACACACACACACACACACACACACGCUUCUACUAGACAGACUCAAUCUCACAGCAGGCACAAACAUGACUAACCUCUCGCCCUUAAAGGGGCAGGUGAAAAUGUUUGUCUCAUCUGUGAUAUUUUGGUUAAAUGAAAUUACACAAUAUACCACAUUACUUCUUACUGGUAAUACAUUUAUGGUUUUAGAAGCAUUACAAAGCAUGCUCAUCCGUGUAUUUCUUUUGGUGUCAUUUUGGCGGAAAACAAAUAUUUUGGCUGUUAAAGAUUUUUAUAUCUACCUGCCACAGUAGCUGGUGGACCAAGAAGUUAAUUUUAUGCCCUUAUUCCUAGACUAGACUACCUGGUCUGCGUGCAAAUGUAGGCUUAUGUGUGCCCAUUUGGGGAUCUGAUAGUAUUACUGAGUGUAUUAACUCACCACCACUGAGUUGUGGAGCUUUUCUCUUCACCUCAAACAGCAAGUAAACAAAGUCAGUUUUUACAUCCUUUGAGAAUGACAAUAGUUCCUCAAUGAGCCUAUUUGAAAAAUCUUUCCUUUCGUUAACCACUGUGUGAAAGGGAAACUGUCAUGCUCUGAUCCAGUGGAAACGUCAUAAAAUAGGCCUACCUGAUUUACUUCUUAUCCCUUGUGCAAAUAGCCUACAGCUGUCUGUGUACGGAGCUCACUGGCAAGGGAAACUCUGAGGUUCCAGAAUAUUUUAUACAAUGUUGCAAGUUUAAGGCAAGCUUCAAGCUGGACCAAGUUGGCAGUCGAUACAAUGUUUAAAGUUCCUAGCAGACAGGCCAUGCGUAGCCAAUGUGAUGGCAAGGCCAUGGCAAUAGAAGUUACUUUUAGAUUUGUAUAAUUUUCAUUUAGAUAUAAUUUUUAUUAAUCACAUGACAAUGCUUUUGAGUUGGGAAGAUUUUAUUAUAAAAUAAAUUAAACUCUUCCAUGACAAUGCACAUAUGAAAAUCAUAACUGUUACGCAGGUCGGUAGAAAUGGUAAAAUAAAUUAGCACUCCUAAUGGAAAAGGUUGCCGACCCCUGGUGUAGCCUAUUACCGGCAACUUCGGGAGCGUAAUGGCAGAAUCUGCGAAGACCAGAAGCGGGAUGGGAACAGUUUGGGAACAGUUUUUUUUCUCUCCUUUUUUCCACCUCUUUUUUUUCUGGUUCUUCUUGAUCUCUGGCUCACUCUUGAGUCAUUUGUGUCUUAAUUAUUUAAUGCUUAAAAUAUCAGACAAGCUCGUCUGAUGGAAAAAUACAUGUUUUGGAAAAAUACAGGUUUUAAAAUUUCAACCUGUCAAUUGGUUGAAAGAACUGACUACUCUUGGUUGAACAAUAUAUUUGUUUUAGUCAGGGACAGCCUUAGAUUUAACAGGUGACAUCUAAGGGGUCAUAGCUUUCACCUGGAUUCACCUGGUCAGUCUGUCAUGGAAAGAGGUCUCUUUAUUUUGGCAGUUACCUAUAUGUUGCUCAUAUGUAACAGGGUGGUUAGUGGGUUUACUGUAUCUGAAAGGGUCACCCAGUGGGGCAAGUAAUGCUCUGACUUUAUUCACUGAAAUGUCAGAACACCAGAUGGGCCUGGGGCAUGCUUAGUGGUUCAACUAGCGUUUAGAGCAUUGCAGAUAUUUGUAGUUUAAUUUCUAAAGCUGACAUGGUUCCCUCUUGAUGGAGACCUACUGUACUCCAAACCAUCUGGAGGGCAGUGAGACGUUCAGCAAACAAUGUUGUAAGAUGUAUUCUCUAAACCUGUCACAUCAUCUAGUGGACGUAUUGAUUGGAACAGAUUAUGGAUGACCUUUCCUAUAUUUAUCAUUAAAUGCACUCUCGGGGAAGAAUGUCAGCCAUUGAUUUAUUAUUUUAUCUGUCCACAGAAAAUCUCAAUACCACGGUCGGAAAAUCCGAAUGAGCUGCGAACAUUUACUUUCUACUUGUCCAAUGUGGGUAGAGACAACCCACAGGGCAGCUUUGACUGCAUCCAGCAGUACAUCACCAGGUGAGUGACCACAGAGGAACUGGACAUAGGCUGGCCUCAUCCCCUCUGACAUGACACAUUCACUCGCAGAAAUUCAUCACUCACAUUCGCACAUAAUAUGCAUGCAAACACCCUUCGCACUGUUUAUUUGAAGAGUUAUUCUGUUUUGGAUUCAAGCUUCUGUACCAUGGCCCCACUUUGUCCGUGUGUUAGUGUCUAUUUGGACUGGCCUUGAUAAAUGAAAUUGAUAAGAGUGACGGUUUGCAUACGGAGGAAUUAACAUGGUUAAGAGCUGAACUGGAUUAGGAGAGUUCUGAAAGAUGUUUUUAGGAGAGUGCCAUCUGCUCUCUUCGGCCUAUUUGCCUCAGGAGUCUGAUCGAAGACUAAUGUUGAGCAAAUGUAUUGAACUGGGUCAGAUGUCUGCUUAUUGAGGUGUAAGGAGAGGAACUAAGUCCCGGCUCUGACUGUCUAGCGUUUUAACACCAAUCAUGUCUUCAACCAUUUCUAAUGAGAGAUGUUUGGCUGGAGUUCACCCAUCACCCUGGAUGAUUAUGAGCCCCUAAUUCCAAUAUAAACCAGAGGCAGAGCCACUGAGGGUUGCCAACUCUAUUUCAUCCCCUGCCAAACCAUCAUCAAAGUGAGCAUGAAUCAAAGGCAGUCAAAACCAGGAAAGAUUAGGAUUUAAUGCAACGUUGGCUCAUUAAUGUGGGAAUCCACAGUUAAAUAGAGAAUCAAGUUAUAAUGCCCUCAAGGCAGUGGUAUGUCAUGAAAUUAGCCUGGCUAGGAGCGUUGGGCAUGAAAUGUUUACCGAAUGUACUUCCUCACUAGUCUUUAUAGGCGGUACAGUGUUUCACCUAAUCUUUUUUUUUCCUGCAGGUGGUGGCAAGGGUAGGGGGGUCAACCACUUAGUUGACCAGUUGGGCUUGUUGGUGUCUGUUUAACCCUUUCUCCUCUGUGUUGUCUCAGUGAGGGGAGCAUUCAGCUGGACUGCCUGGGUGGGAUCCAAGACAAGAUCACAGUGUGUGCCACGGACGACUCUUACCAGAAGGCCAGGCAAAGCAUGGCUCAGGCAGAGGAGGAGACCCGCAGCAGGGGUGCUAUCGUCAUCAAGCCUGGCGGGAGAUACGUGGGUAAGACCCUUAGACAUUGUCUACACUGAGAGCUGUGGUCACAACCAAGUCAAACAGAACAUGGGCUGCUAAUUUAGCCCUAGUCUAGGAUGGAUGCAUACAGGAUUUAUGUUUUUCAAUCUUAUUAGAAAUAAGUUUUGCAGGUCUUUAUAGGGGAAAUUUUCCCUCAUGUCGGUUUACAUCCAGGGUGAGUGAAUGCUGACUCAGUAGGAGGGACAUUUUCAUUAAAAUGCUGCUCCCGCAGUGAGCUGUCUCAUAUCAGGGUGUGUUUGGGUUUGCGGCGCACGCCAGGGAGUCUGAGCAGUAGCAGGGUCAUCAGCCACGCUCUUAUUGACGAUGAUGUGGGUUAUUUCCACAUCAGUCAAGCCCUCCAACCUCCUAGUGUGGCCCUGUCCAGUGGGAGAGAUUUAGCCUCUUAUCCAGCCUCCUCCAGGGUAGAGAUGCCAUUUCCACACUGAAAACACACACAGGCAGGGCUGCUUCAAGUGAACAUCAAACAUACUGUGUGGGCUUUUUACUAGUCUCAGGAGAGCUGCAUACUGAAACUGGUUCUGCUGCAGUUCAGUAAAGAAAGGCCAUAGCAGCCCUGAAUAGAAACAAAGAAAUGUACCUAGAAAUCAAACCGCAUAAUCGCUAUUAUGCAUUGCUGUUUUUGAUUAAGCUUUUAGAAUACACUGCAAUUGACUUGUUGGAGAGGAAGUUAGAACGGUGUGGUGUCAUUUCUGUUGAGUCCCAAGCUGUCUUAGUCUCACACUAUCUCCACAUGACCUUAAUUCUGGUGAAAAGUGGCCGAGCUCACAGUGUAUGGAUAAUUGCAGGCUCAUGGUUCCCUGUGUGGGCCCCAAGGGGCUGACUGGGCAGGAUGGUUAGGAGCUCAGAGCUUCACACCGUCACGCCUGUGACUUGGCACCAAACCAAAUGCCGAACUAACUGCCCAGUCGCCACAGAAACGCCAUCAUAGGUUCACAGAUGUCUGAUUUAAUGUAGCUGUUUUCCCAGAAAGAUUUGUACUGUUGACUUUAUAGACUAGUUGGGUUCAUUUUCAUAAAGCUCACCCUGAUAUUAUAACAGGUACUGCUAGAUGUGUACGUCUCUCUGUUGACAAGAACGUUUUGAUGGCUGUCAAGUGCCUUUUUGAAGACGUUCGGGAUCAACCUUAAGUACAACUUCUCAUUACAACCCCAACCUCUCAUGGUUAUGUCACAAAGGCCCAACCUUUCUGACCCAUAGCCAUGUCUCUGUUCUAAUCAGGUAAGAAGGUGCAGAUCCGGAAACCAGCACCUGGGCUGUCUGACAUCGCUCCAUCGCGGCGGACGUCGCGGCCGGUCAUCAUCUCCAGCAGUGUGGUGAAGAAGAGCACGGUGCAGCAGAGGCCCCUGAGGGAGCGCCUCACCCACCUGCUGGCCCUCAAGCCCUACAGGAAGCCUGAGCUCAUCCUGCGCCUGCAGAAGGAUGGCCUCUUGCCCUUUGACAAGGACUCUCUGGACAGCCUUCUGCAACAGGUUAGUUAAGUCAGACACACUCAUAGGGUACAGUGCCUCUCACAACAGGUUAGUUAUUUAUACUGGGCCUUGGCAGACCCAGGGCCCUUCUGAGCUCAGUGUCCUCAACAGAUAAGUUAGUCACAGGGCCCAAACCACCUACUAUUAAUCCCUUAGAGCCAGGGGCUUAGCCUGUGGUUACAGGCCAGCCCUCCAGCCCACUGCAAACAAGUCAGUCACUGCCAGUGGUGCAGGGUAUUAAUGGUGCAUUUCUUGAGGAUAGGUUUAGAAAAUGCAUUCCUCCAGAAUACUGCAUCAUGGCAUUAAUGUAAUGUAUUGAUUGCUGUCCAUAGGUGGCUAACCUAAAUGUGAGAGACAACACCUUCACAUUGAAGGACUCUUUAUUCAAGGACAUUCAGAAGGACUGGCCAGGCUACACUGAGGGAGACCAGCAACUUCUGAAGAGGAUCCUUGUUCGGUAUGUGCUAGGUGGUGCUAUAUUACUAUAUCGCAUGCCAUAUUACAACCAAUGCUUUUGUGUGCAGUUCCACAUGUCAAUAACUAUCAGUGGCAUAAACCAGCAAUAAUGGAAUCCUCCUCAGUUUGGUUUCUGUACUUUAUCACCUCUGCUUUGUGUGUUAGUUUAAACAAACUUCCAUAUGAUUCCAAAUGCUGUAGUUCCAGAUAUCCUCAGGAACAGUACAGACUCAAGUCUGAAGCCAGGCACUGCUCACUCUGUGUGGUUUUCUCUCUGCCCUGUGCUCUUGACAGACCUAACUGCCUUUUUUACUGGUGCGACCAGGGAAGAAAUCUGGUUUCUCAAGAUCUGGGGCAGUAAGGAAAUGAAGCUCCCAGCUAAAUUUCGAACCGGCAUUGCAGCGUGUUAAGCUGGGUUUACUGAGUCGACCCAAAAUUGUUGGAAUCAAUAUAGUAGGGAAUAUUUCACUUUCUCAGUGAUUUUAAAUGUUUCUGUGGAACUCAUCUGAAAGCAAGAGAUUUCUACCGUAUGUCUUUUUGGACUGCACUUUGAGCCUUGGCUAGCUUAUCAGCUGAACACCCUCCCACAAUGUUUGAACACCAGCCGUGGUCACGCAAGAGUAGUGCAGCAAAAUGAUUGGAAGGCCUGUGAUGCAACCCUGUUCCAGCACAUGCUGAGCCAUGUGUGAGAUGGCACUGGUUCAAGGUCCAGGCUCUGUGCUUGAGCCUAGGCUCCUUAGGCUUCAGCUGUGACAGGACCACUGCACAGCAGCCAGCCUCUUCCCUAGACGGUUCUCCCCACCCCUCUAGUGUUCCUCUCUCACUCACUAUUUUCUUACUCUUUCGCUUUUUUGUUCUCCUCCUCACCACUUUCUCCCUCUCUGUAAGGGUGGGGCUUGGAGAAUUCCCCACUGUAUCCCACUGCCCCCUACUGUCAACACUCUACCAACAUACACAAAUAGUAUUCUGUUUAUGUACACAUUACACAACCUCUGUAUACUGUUUUUAUUUAGCAGCUGUAACUUAGCAUCUCUCCCAAGGCUUUGCCAGAGAUCUGUUUAUGAUGUCUGACUUGGGUUUAACCAGGUCAGUUUUAUUUGUAUUUCUGUCUGAGACUGAGUGGCAUUGAGACGAAGAAAAUAACAGAAUGUGGAGAAAGGCCACCAUAAUACGGUCAUGUGCCAAUAUGUCACAGGUCCCAGGAACUGGGAGUCGAGUUGGUGCUAUGAAUUAACACACCCACCCAGCACUAGUUACAUGGCAGACUUGCCAACUCAAUGUACUUGUGCACUAGAUUUAACCUGAACUCAGGAAGUUUUCUCCAAAAUAAUGAAUGUCUGAAUUGGGCUCACAGCGAUGUAUUAUUUAUGUCUGACUAUGUGGUGACUCAGCUUCUGACUUGUUUUGUUUUAGGAAAAUGUGUCAGGCCCAGAGUCAGACUCCGAGCACUGCCACCACAGUGGCUCCUCCAGCUGAGGUCCCACUCCCAGUGAGCCCUCCCAAAGAGCUGGCUAGCAGCUCCCCGUCGCAGGUGAGCCUUUUCUUCCACUUCUCCUCAUCUCCAUUCUCCUGCUCUUCCUCCCCUUCUCCUCCUCUUCUUUCUUAGCCACUUCCUUCCCACUCCUUACAGAGCAUCCUCAUAGGGCAUUCCACUGGGUCCCAUUUAAGAGGAGUUACUCUAGAUUUUAUUACUUCCCCUCUGAGUUUUCCUGAGACGCCUCAUGUCCUUUCCCUUCCGUUCCCUCCCUUCUUACGCAUUAGCACAUACACACUCCAGUCUCCCCCUCCUCCGUACACACAACAUACACACACAGUUGGUUUGGGUGUUCGUUGAAAAGAGGGCGUUUUGGAACACUGUAAACAUACACAACUGCUCCUUGGUGGGUUUAUGUGGCCAGUCUGGGUUUGGUGAAAGAAGUUUGAGGAGUUCUACCAAACUAAACAGGUUAUGGAGCCGUGACGGUCCACAGGGCUCCAAACUUUGCUCAGUGUUAUUUCAGAACCAUGGACUUCCUGCUCCACUGUGAUUAGGUCAGCCACUUCCAGAAUUGUUAGUGUAGGUUGGGUCAAAUGUAGUCUGUUAGUAAUACAAUACCAUGCGUUGUGUGGAAAGGGGAUGGUUAUCCUUGGGGAUGGGCACCGUUAUCCGGAUAUCCAGGUUUCCGAAUGGACGUUAGUAUUCUAUUACUUGAGUGAGUGUUCAUUUUUGCUGAAUUUUAGUUUUUAGGCCUAUUUUGACAAUGCAAAAACUUUGUUAUAAACCAUGAAAUUUGAAAUACUUAAUAUAAUAAAACAACUUUUGAAUGUAGUUUUUAUAAAUGGGCUCACAGCCCUCUAGUCCAGUCUGCCCUGACAUUGGUAUGCCAUUUUCCCCACUUCAGAUGGUAAUUACAGGCACACACCUAACAGUUUCCACAAGACCUGACACAGAUCAAUGCAAAACACCUUUUUGUGACAGAAUCAGUUCUAUCAUGGUUAAAAUCAGACUUCUCUUUCACUGUUGCUUUUAGCGAAAAGUUUAGGAGAAAAGCAGCCUGUCUGCUGUUUACCUCUACCAUGUGCAUUUGUGUAAUUCUGAUUGGUCAUGAGACAAGCAUUUGUUUGGAGGGGACUAUCCGGAUAUCUGAAGAAAAAGUAAUUAUAUUAUUUGAAUAGUGAAAAAGUAAAAUGCCCAUCCCUAGACAUAAUACUCCCAAUGUGGCUGAGAGAUCCCUUUCACUCUGACCUUCUUUGCUUCACACCAGCACAGCACAGGAGGUUAGUUAAUUCUCAGGAUUUAAUCUUAAUAUGUCAGUAAUAGAUAUCUGCUAAUUAUUUCUCUGACUCCUUAGAGGUGAAAUUAGUCCAUAUUUCCGUUGUAAUUUUCUGCCUCUAAAACUCUGUUUCUGCCAGAAACGGCCUGCUGCGGAUUUCAUCGAUCCUCUGGCCAACAAAAAGCCCAGGAUAUCACACAUGGCCAACAAGGCAGCGGUGCCAAUAAAUGGCAAGCAGAGUUCCUCCAAUGGAAAGGAGGUGAGUGGGGCCAUGGUCGCCGUGCCAGCGAUGGGAGAAGGCGUGAUGUCCAGCUCCCAGCUCCCCUUACUGGACAUCCACCGGCCCUUCGACCCACUCUCCGACGUCAGUAACGAUUCCAGCCACAAUGGCCGGGACUGUGAGGGCCAGGAGGCCGCCGUGGCUGAGAGACUGAGCCAGCCACCAGUCUUCUCUGGGCCCGCAGCGCUGUCCGUACCAACCCUGGGCCCCACGUCCCCUGGACACACUGGCCUAGAUGGGCCCCGGGGCAAGAGCACCUCGCCCUCCCUGCACGGCAAGUCCAAGAAGAAGUCCAAAAAACACAAAGACAAGGAAAAGUCCAAAGAGAGGGAACGGGGGAGAGUGAGGGAGAAGGAGAGGAAAGGAGCAGAGGAGCCUGUUCCUGAGCCAAGAAAAGCCUGUGACAUCACCUCCAGCCCUGAAAACCUGAAGAGCAGUAGUAUUCCACACAGCAGCACAGGUGAGACGUGUCCAAGUUAUGGUGUGGAUCUCAACCCCUCUAGAAAUGUACAGAUAAAACCUGUGUCAUUGUAAAAUUAGAUGAAUGAUUGGCAUAAGGGAGAAAUGUUAAGCAUGAUUCCAUCUCAUGAAUUUCAACCUUGGUGAUUAAUCAGACAUUUUGCUAAAUGGAAAGAUGACAUUAUGUACUCAACAUAUCCGUCCCAAUUUUAAAUAAAUUGAUAAAAUGGAUGAAUUAAUCAUAUACCUACAGUGGGGAGAACAAGUAUUUGAUACACUGCCGAUUUUGCAGGUUUUCCUACUUACAAAGCAUGUAGAGGUCUGUAAUUUUUAUCAUAGGUACACUUCAACUGUGAGAGACGGAAUCUAAAACAAAAAUCCAGAAAAUCACAUUGUAUGAUUUUUAAGUAAUUAAUUUGCAUUUUAUUGCAUGACAUAAGUAUUUGAUACAUCAGAAAAGCAGAACUUAAUAUUUGGUACAGAAACCUUUGUUUGCAAUUACAGAGAUCAUAUGUUUCCUGUAGGUCUUGACCAGGUUUGCACACACUGCAGCAGGGAUUUUGGCCCACUCGUCCAUACAGACCUUCUCCAGAUCCUUCAGGUUUCGGGGCUGUCGCUGGGCAAUACGGACUUUCAGCUCCCUCCAAAGAUGUUCUAUUGGGUUCAGGUCUGGAGACUGGCUAGGCCACUCCAGGACCUUGAGAUGCUUCUUACGGAGCCAGUCCUUAGUUGCCCUGGCUGUGUGUUUCGGGUCGUUGUCAUGCUGGAAGACCCAGCCACGACCCAUCUUCAAUGCUCUUACUGAGGGAAGGAGGUUGUUGGCCAAGAUCUCGCAAUACAUGGGCCCCAUCCAUCCUCCCCUCAAUACGGUGCAGUCGUCCUGUCCCCUUUGCAGAAAAGCAUCCCCAAAGAAUGAUGUUUCCACCUCCAUGCUUCACGGUUGGGAUGGUGUUCUUGGGGUUGUACUCAUCCUUCUUCUUCCUCCAAACACGGCGAGUGGAGUUUAGACCAAAAAGCUCUAUUUUUGUCUCAUCAGACCACAUGACCUUCUCCCAUUCCUCCUCUGGAUCAUCCAGAUGGUCAUUGGCAAACUUCAGACGGGCCUAGACAUGCGCUGGCUUGAGCAGGGGGACCUUGCGUGCGCUGCAGGAUUUUUAUCCAUGACGGCGUAGUGUGUUACUAAUGGUUUUCUUUGAGACUGUGGUCCCAGCUCUCUUCAGGUCAUUGACCAGGUCCUGCUGUGUAGUUCUGGGCUGAUCCCUCACCUUAUGAUCAUUCAUGCCCCACGAGGUGAGAUCUUGCGUGGAGCCCCAGACCGAGGGUGAUUGACCGUCAUCUUGAACUCCAUUUUCUAAUAAUUGCGCCAACAGUUGUUGCCUUCUCACCAAGCUGCUUGCCUAUUGUCCUGUAGCCCAUCCCAGCCUUGUGCAGGUCUACAAUUUUAUCCCUGAUGUCCUUACACAGCUCUCUGGUCUUGGCCAUUGUGGAGAGGUUGGAGUCUGUUUGAGUGUGUGUGGACAGGUGUCUUUUAUACAGGUAAUGAGUGGAGAACAGGAGGGCUUCUUAAAGAAAAACUAACAGGUCUGUGAGAGCCGGAAUUCUUACUGGUUGGUAGGUGAUCAAAUACUUAUGUCUUGCAAUGAAAUGAAAAUUAAUUACUUAAAAAUCAUACAAUGUGAUUUUCUGGAUUUUUGUUUUAGAUUCCGUCUCUCACAGUUGAAGUGUACCUAUGAUAAAAAAUUACAGACCUCUACAUGCUUUGUAAGUAGGAAAACCUGCAAAAUCGGCAGUGUAUCAAAUACUUGUUCUCCCCACUGUAUAUUACUGCAAUCUGCAUUACAAUUGAGAAAGUAGGGCCUGGAAUUGCCCGGGACCUCACGAUAUUAUAUUAUCAUGAUACUUAGGAGCAGAUACGAUAUGUAUCACGAUUCUAUAUGCAUUUCAAUUCAAUUCUGCAAUUCUAUAAGGAUUUGAUGUUCCUCAAAUCUUGCUAACUAUAUGUUGGCUGCAGAGGGACAAGAGCGACAUAAUAAAAGUUUUGAUCAGUGGAAAUAAAAGUAUUGAAAACAUGUUGGCUCACCAUUUUAAAAAGAUUUGAGGACAAGCUUUGAGGAGAAAUACCUAAGCUUUGCCGCAGGUACAGUAGACUAGCUCUAGCUAAUGUUAACUACAGUGAGGGAAAAAAGUAUUUGAUCCCCUGCUGAUUUUGUACGUUUGCUCACUGACAGACAUGAUCAGUCUAUAAUUUUAAUGGUAUAUUUAUUUGAACAGUGAGAGACAGAAUAACAACAACAAAAUCCAGAAAAAUGCAUGUCAAAAAUUUAUAAAUGUAUAAAGUUAUGAAUUGAUUUGUAUUUUAAUGAGGGAAAUAAGUAUUUGACCCCUCUGCAAAACAUGACUUAGUACUUGGUGGCAAAACCCUUCUUGGCAAUCAGAGGUCAGACGUUUCUUGUAGUUGGCCACCAGGUUUGCACACAUCUCAGGAGGGAUUUUGUCCCACUCCUCUUUGCAGAUCUUCUCCAAGUCAUUAAGGUUUCGAGCCUGACGUUUGGCAACUCGAACCUUCAGCUCCCUCCACAGAUUUUCUAUGGGAUUAAGGUCUGGAGACUGGCAAGGCCACUCCAGGACCUUAAUGUGCUUCUUCUUGAGCCACUCCUUUGUUGCCUUGGCCAUUUGUUUUGGGUCAUUGUCAUGCUGGAAUACCCAUCCACGACCCAUUUUCAAUGCCCUGGCUGAGGGAAGAAGGUUCUCACCCAAGAUUUGACGGUACAUGGCCCCGUCCAUCGUCCCUUUGAUGCGGUGAUGUUGUCCUGUCCCCUUAGCAGAAAAACACCCACAAAGCAUAAUGUUUCCACCUCUGUUUGACAGUGGGUGAUGGUGUUCUUGGGGUCAUGGGCAGCAUUCCUCCUCCUCCAAACACGGCGAGUUGAGUUGAUGCCAAAGUGCUCGAUUUUGGUCUCAUCUGACCACAACACUUUCACCCAGUUGUUUUUAUUUUAUUUUAUUUUUGUCAUUUAGCAGACGCUCUUAUCCAGAGCGACUUACAGGAGCAAUUAGGGUUAAGUGCCUUGCUCAAGGGCACAUCGACAGAUUUUUCACCUAGUCGGCUUGGGGAUUAGAUCCAGCGACCUUUCGGUUACUGGCACAACGCUCUUAACCACUAAGCUACCUGCCGUCCUCUGAAUCAUUCAGAUGUUCAUUGGCAAACUUCAGACGGGCCUGUAUAUGUGCUUUCUUGAGCAGGGGGACCUUGCGGGCGCUGCAGGAUUUCAGUCCUUCACGGCGUAGUGUGUUACCAAUUGUUUUCUUGGUGACUAUGGUCCCAGCUUCCUUGAGAUCAUUGACAAGAUCCUCCCGUGUAGUUCUGGGCUGAUUCCUCACCGUUCUCAUGAUCAUUGCAACUCCACGAGGUGAGAUCUUGCAUGGAGCCCCAGGCCGAGGGAGAUUGACAGUUCUUUUGUGUUUCUUCCAUUGUUGUCACCUUCUCACCAAAGUGCUUGCCGAUGGUCUUGUAGCCCAUUCCAGCCUUGUGUAGGUCUCUAAUCUUGUCCCUGACAUCCUUGGAGAGCUCUUUGGUCUUGGCCAUGGUGGAGAGUUUGGAAUCUGAUUGCUUCUGUGGACAGGUGUCUUUUAUACAGGUAACAAACUGAGAUUAGGAGCACUCCCUUUAAGAGUGUGCUCCUAAUCUCAGCUCGUUACCUGUAUAAAAUACACCUGGGAGCCAGAAAUCUUUCUGAUUGAGAGGGGGUCAUAUACAUAUUUCCCUCAUUAAAAUGCAAAUCAAUUUAUUUAUUAUUUUUGACAUGCGUUUUUCUGGAUUUUUUUGUUGUUAUUCUGUCUCUCACUGUUCAAAUAAACCUAACAUUAAAAUUAUAGACUGAUCAUUUCUUUGUCAGUGGGCAAACAUACAAAAUCAGCAGGGGAUCAAAUACUUUUUUCCCUCACUGUACCUAGCAAAAAAAUUGAUACUUGGGGGUCAUAGAAUCGAUAUAUCGUAAAAAAAUAUAUCGCAAUACUCUAAAGAAUCACUCCCCCCACCAUCCCUAGAAGAAAGUGUUAAACUUAUCUUACAAAGUAACCUUGUGCUUCCUUUCAGAUCUCAAUGGAAUGUGCAACAACACCAGUGUUCCUUCAUCAUCAACUGAGAUGACAGACUAUUUAUCGUAAGGACUUCCUACCUCUUAUAAAACCACAAUACAUUUAUUAUGAAAUGACCAUUUUAAAUAAUAUAAUAUAAUAUGCCAUUUAGCAGACGCUUUUAUCCAAAGCGACUUACAGUCAUGCAUGCAUACAUUUUUGUGUAUGGGUGGACCCGGGGAUCGAACCCACUACCUUGGCGUUACAAGCGCCGUGCUCUACCAGCUGAGCUACAGAGGACCACCAUUUUGUUUCCCGCAACAGAUUCUGACGACAAUUGGAAGGAAUUUCAUUGAAGUACUCCACUCUUAGUUAUUCAUUCUGUUUCCUCAUUCUGAACAGGGAGUAUACCGUGAUUGGCUCUUCCGAGCAGCGUCAAACAUACAAGAAUGACUUUAAUACUGAGUAUAGUGAGUACCGGGGCCUCCACGCUCGGAUAGAGGGCAUCACCCGGCAGUUCACUGUGCUCGACACUGAGCUUAAGCAGCUCCAACAAGGCACAGACAAGUACAAGGUAUGACCCCUUUAGCCCACUGGCGCAUACUGUCUACGGUUCUACCUAAGCUGCAAUAUGGUGCUGUCCUGUGUUGUUAUUGUUCCAAUGUUCAACUUCAGGAUUCAGGUGUAGUAAAUGUUCUGACUCAUUAAUUGUUUUGUCAUUUUGUCUUUUCUUUUACAGACAAUUCACAAUCAGAUACUCCAAGAGUAUCGUAAAAUAAAAAAGGUGAUCUUUGCAUCUGUGACUAUUUGUUUCUCGUAAAGCUGCUCAGGUAAUUUUUCAACAAAUACUGAUUGUUUUACUUUCCCUCACAGACGAAUCCCAACUAUAGCCAAGAGAAGAACCGCUGUGAAUAUCUACACAGCAAACUGGCACAUAUAAAGAAACUUAUAGCUAAGUAUGAUCAACAGCAACUUCAAAACUGGACUGGUUGACAUUUUCUCUUUUCUCUCUGCAAACCAGACAGAGAAACUCUGGAUUCUGUUUGCUCUAAAAGUACUUAUUAAAGAUGCCAUGAAGGGAGGGAGUAUUCCCCUCAUUGGGGCCAAAAGCACUAGCGAGGACAAAGCAGACCACAUAUUAUUUUAUAUAUUUUUUGAAGAUGUGGCAUGUUUGGCCAGAUCUCUGUGUAGCUACACUGCUUCCAGAAAAGCUUUGCGUGGCGUUUCUCAUACUCCCAGUCCCACUAAGUGCACAGAGAUCUCUCGAAGAGUAGAAAUGGAAAAUCCACAUUCUUUGGAGAUCUCCAAACAGCCUUUCCUGGUUUGUAGACUGGG